AUGGAUACGAAGAAUGGGACGAAAGGAGUGGACGUCGAGACGACUGCGAAGAAGACACACAAGUAUGACAUCAACGACGAGACGGUGGCAGACAUUAAGCAGGCGUUCAAACAGUUUGAUGCCGAAGACAAGGGACUCAUUGCCGCCAAAGACGUGAAGUUUGCGGUCAGAGGUCUCGGCUUUGAGCCCAAGAAGGAAGAGAUCAAUAAACUGGUGGAACAGAUGGACCGAAACAAGAGUGGCCUCAUAUGCUAUGAGGACUUCCUGUCAGUUAUGGCCAAACGGUUCGCAGAGAAGGACACAAACGAUGAGAUAAUGAAAGCGUUUCAGUUGUUUGAUGUGAACAAAAGCGGAACCAUUUGUUUCGAGAACUUGAAAACUGUGGCCAAAGAAUUGGGCGAAACGCUAACCGACGAGGAAUUGCGGGAAAUGAUAGUCGAGGCCGACAGGGAUGGCGAUGGACUCGUCUCCUCACAAGAGUUCUUCCGUAUUAUGAAGAAGACAUGUCUCUAUUGA